AAAAUGCAGCCUCCAACGCAGUCCUAUUCCUGCCCGCCUCUCUGGGCUGUCCUUUUGUGCGUUAGCCUGGCCAGGAGCGCGCCGCUGCAGUCUAAUACCUACGUCCUUCCGUUGCCCUGGAACAAUGUAGUUGGGACCUUCGGCUUCCCAGAACAGCAGGAGCAAUCCCAGUUCAAAAUUCCACAGCCGCGUGCGCUCUCUGUGAGCGUGGAGGAUGCGAGUGGAGACAGUGCACAGGCGGAGGAUGAUCUGCAGCAGGUUCUAUGGCUCACCAGUGGACUGAUUCCCGCCCAGAUUGUCCAGCGUAGCCAGGGCCGGAACAAUGAGGGCAGGUUCUUUGGGCGCGGCGGCUCCACCGUGGUGGUGGUCACCGGUGGAUCCGGCGACGUUAGCAACACUAACAACAGCACGUUUGUAAGCCCAGCUGCAGCUGCAGCCCCAGCCACAACCACAACGGGCACUCGAACCUCGGAGUUUAUCCGGGCGCCAAUUGCUUACCCGGCCAUGCAAUACUUCCGGAAGCGGCAGGAUGACGGAUCAUCGCUAUCCUAUCCGGAGCUCUUCGGCUGGAACGCGGCGUCUUUCUACGGCGACGAUUUGGGUUUGAGUGGCGGCCCCAAUGGGGGCUACAGUCUGCCGGGAGUGCCCUUGGUGCCAAUCACCGUUGGCAACGAGGUGCGCUAUGUCCCACUGAAUCUCCGGAUGUACCGGCAGUUUGUCGGUGAUGCCCCCUCUCUUGCUCCCGCUACACUGCCGGCCAUCAGGGAGCAGGAUGAUCAGCUGGAGGACGACGAUAUAUCCGCCUUGGCCAUGGGCGCCGACCUGGAAAUACUGAACGAGAGUCCCAAUGAGGCCAAUGGCGGCCAAGAGGUGGCAAGUUCCGGCCACUCGGUCGUCGAUUCAUCGGGCUUUGGUAUUCUUGGCCAGCGGCUGAGACCCCGUCCUUUGGCCAGGAGGCGACCACUGCAGACACUGGCCCAGAAUAUUCGCCGGGUGCAGUACCUCACGCAGUAA